GAGAGAGAGAGUGUGUGUGUGUGUGUGUGAGAGAGAGAGAGAGAGAGAGUGUGUGUGUGUGUGUGUGAGAGAGAGUGUGUGUGUGUGUGUGAGAGUGUGUGUAAAGAUGUCGGUGGUUUCUCCAGUGGUUAGCGUUGUGGGAUCAGAGCUGGUGUGUGUGUUGGUGUAUGUGGUGUGUGUGUUGCUGUGUGGGUUCGCGGCACUCGGCACACUGAGAAUGACGGGGAGAGGCGGCACACACUCAGAUGCCCGUCUCUCCUCUCUCAGCUGUCUCUCUGCAGGUGUGUUUUUAGGCUCCUGUCUGUUGGACAUUAUCCCAAAUUUCUUGAAAGAGAUGAGAGAGACGUUCACAGAGCUCGGCGUGACGCUGCUGUUCCCCGUGCCGGAGUUCAUCAUGGCUGUGGGGUUUCUGCUCCUGCUGGUGAUGGAGGAGCUGAUCCUGACUCUGAGAGACGAGCGUGAGCGACAGCACGGACAGAAAGAAGGACGAGAGGAGAAGGAAGCUCUGCUCCUGUGCUCGCCGACAUUCCGGCAGCGUCCCGAUCCCUCCCUGUCCCCCGUGCGCUCGUCCGUGCUGCUCCUGUCUCUCUGUCUGUUCUCCGUCUUCCAGGGUUUAUCUGUGGACGUGGUGCGGCUGCGUCCCGAUCUCCUCCUGCGCUCUUCGCUCGUUGCCUGCAGCCUGGUCUUCCUGCUCGCUCAGAGCCACAUGAGACGCUCGGCGGUGUCCGUCUGCCUGAUGCUGCUGUCCUCGGCGUUCCCGCUCGGCCUCGCCCUGCGUCACACACACACACCCUUACGCCUGGCUCGCUCCACGCUCGAGGGUCUGAGUGUAGGGAGCUUCGCCUACGUCGUCUUCAUGGACGUGAUGCCCCGAGUGACGAGUGCUCACGAGCACCGCAUCGCUAAAGUCACGCUGAUCCUCACGGGGUUCAGUGUGCUCACCGCCGCGCUGCUCCUCAAAACAUAAACACACACACACACACACACACACACACACAGGGGCUGCGUCCUAAACUGCACACUGAUAUCCCAAUACAAUAUAUACACUACGUUACCUAGCAACCAAAGUGUUUAGCACUCACAGCAACGCUUUACUCGUUACCAUGACAACUGGUUAUGUACCAAAUCAGCAUAAAUAGUGUGCACAAAUAGUACAGCAUAAAAACUACACUACAUACCCUGGGAGUGUGUGGUGUGGGAUAUAAAUAUGGACACACACUACACGUUAGUGACCUUAGAAGUGCACACUCCUGAGUGUAAGUGCACAUGUAGCACUUCCUGUUUGUCCUUCAGCUUAAUGUUUUGUUUCUGUCCUUCGUGACAUCACCACGCUGUUUCUGUUCCAAUAAACCUGAGAUAUUUUAUUAACACUCA